GUUAUUCUACCUAUAUUGGUCUGUUUAAUGUGCAAAUUUGUGGAGAUUACAGUAGCAGAGCCACAAUAUUAGCUGAGGAAUUUACCUAACAACAACAAAAAGCCUUAUCUUACUUCGUGAGAUUGACUGCAUGGAUCACAUGAUGCCAUUCAACUCAAUCUAAGGCAAAAUUUUUCAAGAUAUCAUUUACCAUGAAAUUUUUCCCCAAUGUCCUUCUUGAUCUCAACCUUUUUACAGAACAACAAACCAUGCAAUCUACUCUCCUCACCGGUGCUUCUAGUUGCCUUCUUUGUAUGUGUCUAAGCUACCUUAAAUGAUUUUUUGUCAUCUUUUCCUCAAUCAGUGCUACACCAAUAUCUUCUUGUAAACAAUUUUUUCAUAUCCUGUACUCUUAUUUUGACACACAUUCAUCAUAACAUUUUCAUUUCUUCUACUCCCACCUUUUUCUCUUGUCCCUUUAAAGUCCAACAUUCACUGUAAUAGAGUAUAGCCGGACAUAUGAUAGUAUAAUAAAACUUGCUUUCGAGUGUGGUAGGUACUUCGCAAUCACAAAAAAACCUUGUUUGUUUCCUUUCUCCAUUUUAGCCAUUCCUAUUGUAUGUGUGUAACAUCCUCAUUAAUUUCUCUGUGACAAGGGAGAAAAUGAUGACUUGAAAAUGGAGUAGUGUGUGAUGAAAGGGAAAGGGGCACGCAUGGAAAAGUGGAGGGGAAAGGAUUUUAAAGAAGGUCUAUAGGAUUAAUGCCAAGAUUUUGAAAUUGCUUUAUGAAUUGAAAAUGAAAUCCCCUAGUCAAAUGCCUUUAUUCAUUUAUCAUUGUUGUUGCGUCAUGGACUCUAAUUUACUUUGCUUAUGUAAAAUGCCUUGUCCAAAAGAGGAAUUUUCAGGUCUAUAAAGUGUCUGUUUCCUUUAUAUUUGACAUUCACAAAUUUAAAUGCUAUGUUUUGAUUUUGUUACUUUCAAUCUCAAAAGCUUUUAUUACCUUUAAAAAAGAAUUGUGGUUUUUGAUAUUUCCCAAUGGCAUUGACUGAUUCCUGUAGCUGACCCUCCAAGUGGGAUAAGGCUUGUUUUUUGUUGUUGUGCAUGUCUGCCUCCUACCAUGGGUAUAUGCUGUUGGUUUGGACCAUUUCAUCCCAGAGCCUGAUGGAACUGAGAGGAACCUGCUUGUUGCUGACUAUGCGACUAUGUUUUCUAGAUCAAUGAUGGAGAAAUGGGGUUCUCCAAGGCAAGACCUAAUAUGGGACAGGCUAUCAGAGUCUGAGAAGCAAAAGCUGAUUAACCUAGCGAAGAUACAAAAUGAUGGGACUAUUGAAGUAAAUCUAGAAAAAGAUGCACCUCUUGCAUCAGAAUUGUUGGAGUUCCAAUCAUUUGAAGAGUCAACUGUAAGUGGAACUCUUAUGUCUGAAUCAAAAAAAUCAGCUCCCUGGUUACAAAUUGCCAUACUUGUGGUUGGAACUAGAGGUGAUGUACAACCUUUCCUGGCCAUAGCAAAAAAGCUUCAGGAGCAUGGUCAUCAUGUUAGGCUGGCAACUCAUACUGAUUUUGACGUGUUUGUAAAGUCUGCUGGUGUUGAUUUCUAUCCGUUGGGUGGUGAUCCUCGUGCUUUGGCACGAUAUAUGGUGAGGAAUAAAGGUAUAAUCCCAUCUGGUCCAACCGAAAUAUCUAUCCAAAGAAAGCAGCUGAAGGCUAUUGUUGAUUCUCUUCUUCCAGCAUGCAUAGCACCUGAUUUGGAAACUGGUGUUCCUUUUAGAGCUCAAGCUAUUAUUGCCAAUCCUACUGCAUGUGGACAUACACACGUUGCCGAAGCCCUUGGGGUGCCCCUUCACAUCUUCUUCACAAUGCCUUGGACGCCAACAUAUGAGUUCCCACACCCUUUGGCACGUGUUCCUCAAAGUGCUGGUUAUUGGCUGUCAUAUAUAAUUGUGGAUCUGUUGAUAUGGUGGGGGAUACGAGGAAUUAUCAAUGACUUCCGGAAAAGAAAAUUGAAGCUUGCUCCUGUUGCAUACUUCAGUAUGUACCAUGGAUCAAUAUCUCAUUUACCGACUGGCUAUAUGUGGAGUUCCCAUGUUGUUCCAAAACCAAGUGACUGGGGUCCUUUAGUUGACGUUGUUGGUUAUUGCUUUUUGGACCUUGGAUCAAAGUAUCAACCACAGGAAGAUUUUGUCCGAUGGAUUCAGAAAGGAUCAAAACCUAUAUAUUUUGGUUUUGGGAGUAUGCCUCUUGAUGAUCCUAAAAGAACUACUGAUAUCAUAAUGGAGGCACUAAAGGAUACAAAACAACGGGGAAUUAUUGACAAGGGCUGGGGAAAUCUAGGGAACUUGGCAGAAGUUCCUGACAAUGUUUUCCUGCUAGAGGAAUGCCCUCAUGACUGGCUGUUUCCUCAAUGUUCUGCUUUGGUGCAUCAUGGUGGUGCUGGAACAACGGCUACAGGACUAAAGGCUGGGUGUCCAACAACCAUCGUUCCAUUCUUUGGAGAUCAGUUCUUUUGGGGAGAUAGAAUAUAUCAGAAAGGGCUGGGACCAGCUCCAAUUCCAAUAUCUCAGCUCAGUCUUGAGAGUUUAUCCGAUGCCAUAAAAUUCAUGCUCCGGCUAGAGGUAAAAUCACGAGCCAUGGAAAUUGCUAAAUUGAUUGAGAACGAAGAUGGUGUUACUGCUGCAGUUGAUGCAUUUCACCGCCAUCUACCUCCUGAACUACCCCUACCACUACCAGUUCCACCUCCAUCUCCAGUGGUGGAGGAUCAUGCAAAUCCUUUGCAAUGGUUUUUUCUCCACCUAGCAAAGUGGUGCAGUUUACCUUGUGGGGGUGUAUAGUUUCUUUCUUUUCUUUUUUUGCUUUACAUAUAUUAUUUUUUCCUUCUUUUAUUCAUUAAAUAACUACAUUUUAUAGGAGCUUUCCCUUUUUAAGUAAUUGUAGCACAUAGUUUUGCUUAAUAUUUCAUUCAUUUCAGUCAAAGUCUCUUUUGUGAGGGCUUGAUGUGAUAGUAAUAUUGAAGUUAUGCUUUCCCACUCCCCAAAUCCGUUUGUACAGGAGUUCUACUUCUGUUAUCUUGUAAGAUAGGUUGAGUUGAGGACACUUGUUAUGAAAAGAAUUGGGUUUCUUAAGUGGCAUUUCUAACUUAACGAGUGAGAGGUUUUCUCUUAUUAUUUGAUUUUUUUUUUGUCUUGUAUAACAAUGGAAAUUUAAUUAGAACUUGCCAUCUGCA